AUGUCUUUCUUUGCAGCGACAUUCUUCAGGCGUCACAGCCAAGUGCUCGCCGGGAAGAAGAGGUCGAAGUUUUUGGCGGCCAUCAAAGGCAUCAUCGUGCGCAGAUGGGAUAAGCAGUUGCAUAACCCGAUGCAUGCAUUCGGCUGGCUCCUUAACCCGAAGAACCAGCUCGCGAUGGAAGUCCGCAACGACCCCGAGAUCAUCAAAGGGGUCAAUGCGGUGCUGCAGGCACGAGGAGGUGACGUGCAAGGCCGAAUCUUGCUGCAAGCCCAGCUUGCUACGUACCACAGAGGUGAGGGUCGUCUGGGGGGGGAAGAUGCACGGGCCGCAGCGAUGCUCGUGGAGAGUGGACGUCUCUCACAUGCGGAUUGGUGGGCGAUGUAUGGAGGGGAACUCCCCGAGCUGCAGGAUUUGGCUGUGAGAAUGUUAUCACAGCCUAUCACUGCGUCGGAAGUUGAGAGAUGCUGGUCUACGAUGGCAAGGGUGCAGCGGCGGGAUCGCAACAGAUUGAGCGCUCAGACCAUGAUCGAUGUCACCACGGUGGCAUUCAGUAGGCGUUCGAGGGCUGCAUUCGACAAGAAGCAGGAAGUGCGCGCCAACCUUUUUGCAGACCUUGCAGCAGGCAAGCUCAACGAGAGCACUCUAGAAAGAGUGACGACGACGGCACUUGAAAGCUCUGAACCACAGGCCGAAGGCUCUGAACCACGGGUUGAAGAGGAAGAAGGUGAUGUCGAUUGCGUGAUUGACUGGGAAGCUCUUGGCAGCAUCGGGAUGAGGAAGAAGAAAGAGGUGACAAAGGGAAUCAAGGAAAAGGCGACCAAGAAGCGUUCGGCUGACGAAGACGAUGAUGAGGAGGAGGAGGAUGAGGAUGAGGAUGAGGAGGAGGAGGAGGAGGAGGAGGAGGUGGAGGAGGAGGAGGAGGAGGAGGAGGAGGAGGAGGAGGAGGAGGAGGAGGAGGAGGAGGAGGAGGAGGAGGAGGGCGGGGGGUCCAACGCAUGGGACAUUAGUGCCACCAGCCAGCAAGCUCCCUCGUUUAGCAACCCACAUGGUCAUCGUUAA